AUGUCUUCGGUCCUCGGUCACAACAAGUCCUACAUCGCAGCACCGAUGGUCAACCAGAGCGAUCUGCCCUUCCGUCGCCUCGUCCGCCGCUACAAUGCCACACUCGUCUACACUCAGAUGCUGCUUUCCGACAGGCUGCUCAAUGACCAUGACUACCUACAAUUCCACCUACGCGGUCUUGGCGAACCGAACGAUAGGCCUGUCGUCGUCCAAUUAUGUGGAAAUGAUCCCGAACUUGUUGUGCGUGCUGGUAAACAAGUGCAGAGCCAUUGUGAUGCAAUAGAUUUCAACCUCGGUUGUCCACAAGAGGCUGCGCGGGAUGCUCACUAUGGCGCGUAUUUGCUUGGCCAGAACGACUGGCCUUUGGUUGAGAACAUUGCGGCUUCAAUGUCAAAUUCUCUCACCGUACCGGUGUCUGCUAAGUUGCGUCUCUGUCAGCCGGCGUCUGCCACCCUGGACCUUGCGCGUCGCCUCGAGCACGCUGGGGCUUCCUGGGUCACUCUUCACGCGCGAACUGUUUCCGUCCGACGGCGACGCCAGGGAGCUGCGGAUCUUGAGCAAAUCAAAACGCUGAAGGACAAUCUGUCCAUCCCCGUUAUCAGCAACGGCAAUGUGCGGGUGUGGGAGGAUGUGGAGCGCAAUCUCGCAUUGACUGGCGCGGACGGUAUAAUGGUGGGCGAGAGCCUAUUGGCGAAUCCAUGCCUCUUCGCGGACAUCACGCCUGAUCCGGUCGCAAUCUCGCUUGAGUAUCUGGAUCUGUGCAGAGAAUACCCGGACACCGCGACCAUGCAGACAGUACAAACGCAUGUCAGACAUUUCGUCGAUCACCAGUGGUGCGUGUUGAUUGGCCCCCGGAUGCUUAUCUCCGCCCUCGAGGGUCCUGACUACAGCCUCCGAUAG